ACUGUCGGCAUUUCGUCGUAAUACAUUCCCUUUCACUGAUCCCAGUUGUUCUGUUACACCGUGGUACAGUUAGUGCAGUGUGUUUGUUUUGUUUAACUGACGAAUUCAGAGAAAAAUCAAAUAAUAUCCGACUAGCACAGCGUGGCGACUGCAUGUUCCUUACAGAACAUAACUAUUAUACUACCUGUACGUUAACCGUUUGACAACAACGCAUGUAUCACAGUAGAUGACACUCGCGUAAUAUUUAGAGACCUCAGAGUACUAAAUUGGGUUAUGUAGAAUAAAUGAGUAUCUGCAUACGGGUGUCAAUCGAGUAUAAAAUGCCUAUGUCCGAAGUGCGAAGAUGUCUGACCAUCAAAUUCACAAUUUUAUUGGUGUUAUCCGCCGUAGCUUUAGCUCAAUCGCCAGAUACUAAUUCAGUAAGUGGCCCUGUCACGGCUAAUGGAGGAAGUGUCACGAAAUUUCGUAAAUAUUUUUCUCAAUGCAAAACACAUACAAAUGAAUUCGACGACUGCAUAAAAAAUGCAAUCAACAGUGUCAGACCAUAUUUUACAACAGGUGUACCAGAACUUGGAAUUCCUCCCUUCGAUCCAUUUUUUGCCAGUGAAGUGAAGCAGAGUAGAGGAGCUGGUUUAUUUGGAUAUAAGUUAACAUUAUACAAUGUUACUGAGAGCGGGUGGAGACAAUCGGAAAUAAAAAAAGUCAAGACAAACUUCAAUACGAAUACAAUUAAACUCACGCAUUAUUUUCCUGAAAAAUAUUUAGAAGGUUACUACGAAACAGAGAAUACUAUACUGCGACCUGGAGUCACAACAGUAGGCCAAUUCAAUUUGACUUUGUAUGAUUAUGUACAAACAAUGACCAUGAGCAAACCAAAAAACACAAAUCAAAUUAAAGUAGCCGUACAGCUCCAGGAAAUUGGAAAUAUGUCUUUACACAUUGGCAAUCUUUUGCGAGGAAGAGUCAUAGUUGAAAACGUUUUGGAUCGAAUAAUAAACGCCUCAUGGAGAGUUGGUUUACCAGUGGUGAAACCACUUAUUAAUGACCUUGUGGCAUCAGCUUUUACAAAAAUUUGGAAUGAUGCUUUUAAUAAUUUUGAUUUUAAUUUAAUUCUUCCUUAAAUUAUCUGCAAGUUCGUAUAUUAUUAUUAUUUUUGUCUUUAUUAUGUAAGUAUAUGGUUAUUAAUCCUUCGUCUGUACACUAGGGGUCUUUUAUGGCACAACUGAAAUUUCGAAAAUGCAAUUUUUUGAAAUAUCGUCAUUUUUACAAUAUUAUAAAAAAUGUAAUUAUUAAGGAAUCGUAAAACAAACUUCAGGAUCUUAAAGAGCAACCCUCAAUUAGUAAAUGUAAAUUAUUUCAGAUUUUUCCUAAGGGUUUUUAGUAUUAAAAACAUGUCUGUCCAUUUAUGAACCAGUGUACAGACGACGUACCAAAAAAUAAGUGUACAGAUGAAGGGUUACGCAUUCAUUAUUAAAUGGAAAUUUAAAUGUUUUUGUAAUUUAUAUAUUAUUCAUUUUCAUCAAUCACAAUUAUAUCAAUCCUUUUUUUUAUAUCAUAAUUAUAUAAGACUAUAGGCAAGGCCGUAUCUGGGGGGAUCCAAGAUGUUUGGACCCCCCCAAAAUUUCUUCAUUAUUU